ACAUGCUAGAUUGCAUCAGCUCAUUUGCAGCGAAACUUUGUUUUCAAUUUCACAAUUGUAUGGUCCCACAGGGUUCACAAACGGCUUGGGCAUCCUGAAAAGGAAAAAACCUACUCUUCUUCUUUAACUACUAGGCUAAAGCUAAGCAAGCAAGAUGCCAUCCAGUCGCUCCCGCCACCGCCACAAAAGUCGAGGCAAGAGUCGUCACCGCUCCACACAUUCUUCCUUCCGCAACCAGUCAGCUGCUGCAGCUCCAAAAUUGCGCAACACUUCCCACCCUCCACCUGUACACGGACGCAGUGUUCACGAGAAGACUGCACAAGAGGUUGCUGAAGACCACGAGUACGUCAAGAGAGUUCUGGCAUACCUUGAAAAACCUGGGCCAGCUCCCCCUCCACAUUGUGGGUCUAAGAUCAAAUCUGAGGCCCAACUGCCUGAUCCAGAUAAAUCCAGACCCCCACAGUGCUCCAAAUCUAAACCCCCAAGAGCUCCAAAAACUGAAAGGAGCCUUUCGGCAAAUGUCACUAGUCGCAAAAAGUUGCAAGAUAAGUCCCAGCAUAAAAAUUGUGAAGCUCAAACAACUGAAAGAAAGCCCUCUAGUGGAGCUGUUCCCAAAAUUACCAAGACCACUCAGAUAGACCAGUUAGAUCUAACUGUUGACUCAAACAUUUUUGACAGUGACAGUGAUUUGUCAUCAACGCUGCUCAGCAUGGCUGACCAAGAUGGUAGUGGCUCCAAUGACAGCAUAAGCAGCUUGUGUGCCAUGCUUGCUUCCAUGGGAGCCACACAAGUCACACCUGAUGAAAUUAAUGCAACUCGGGCUGCAAUUAAAGCCAAUCUUUUAAAUGGAUACUCUUAUGAAGAUACCUCAGCCAGUAAGACUGCAUCAAAUGUUGUCAGUUGUAACAAAGUUUCUAUUCCAGUGGAUCAAGAAGUAUUAAAAUCAGAUCAACAAAACUCCAUAAACAAAGGUGAGCAAUUGACAUCUGAAGAGCUUGCUGCUGAACGUAAAGCAAGGAAAGAAACCAAGAAAGCUAAGAAAACUAUUAAGGGAGAGGCCACAAAAGAGGAGUUGGAGCAAAAUAAAACAUCAUCUGCAAAAGAAAGCAAUAAAGAAAAUCUUCCACAAGGAGCAGCUCCUACUUCAGACGGAUCAGACAAGACCAAAGCUGAUUUGAAGAGAGAGAGAAGAGCAAUUCAAGAAGCUCAGAGAGCUGCAAAGGAGAAAGCCAUGAAGAGUAAAACUGAUGCAUUGAUGCAAUCUAAACUGAGUCAUGUACCUACCAAAAUUCCUCCUCCUUCGGCAGUUACCAAAGCCCCAAAACAAACCCCUAAGACCCAAAACAAGUCUCGUGUGAAGGGCGGCAGUGCCUUGCCAUUUGUUGGGCUCCUCAGAGACCCUGAUUAUGUAGUCGAGAGGCCAUCUUACUAUGAUAAAGUGCAUCAUCAGUUUGAAACACUCACAAAAGAAAUUUAUUUGGGCCUGGUGACAUCAAAUGACUCUCAGUGCGUGCUGUUCUUGCACGCGCUACACGCGUUCCUGGGCAGCUACACGGCCGAGCCCGGCACGGACGUCGAGCGCGACGUGAACGAGCGACUUGCGCCCAACAUCAAGUAUCUUGAGCACUACCAGGUCUACACGCCGCCCAUGAGGAACUUGAUGAGUUUAUUCCGAGAAAUGCUGCGUCAAACCCACAUCUCCUUCAAGGAAACUCUUGCUGAAACUUCAGACGUGAGCACCGCAGCCCCCUACGAUGGUGAGGACGAGGCUGAACUCGACACGUCGAGCUCGUGGUCGUCAGCUGUGCGUGGUCUGACAAAGGCCAUGCAGGAUUGGACCAUCUCAUUCCUGCACAAAACCUACGAGAAGAACGAGAAGCUCAUGUUCCCUAAAGUGAUGGCCUUCCUCGAGGACGGCGACUUGGUUCUUGUUUAUGGAUACUCUCGGUUGCUGCUAAAGUCUAUUCAGCAAGCGUGCGAGACAGGCAAGCUGCUGCUGAAUGUGGUGGUGAUGGCUCACUCGGCCGACUGUGAGGAAGCCAGGCUGAUGGCGUCGCAGCUGAGCGGCGUGAACCUCAACGGCGGCAAAGUGUGGCGGGCGCUGCUGUCUGAUCUCGCCAACCUCGUACAGGAGGCACAGAAAGUUCUACUACACGUUAACCACGUGUUUGCGGACGGCAGCACCCAGGGACAGGCUGGCCAUAGACUCAUCGUGAACGCUGCUUCAAAAAUUCACUUGCCUGUUUUGAUCCUGGGCUAUUGCUAUCAGUACACUGACAUAGCUCAUUAUCACCAGCUGCAGGACAAUCGCCUCUGUCCCCCGGAAGACUACUUGUGGGGCCGGCGUUCGAUGACACGCGUGGCUCGGUACGUGCCGCGCCGGGGCAACAGCCGCUCAUCCGUCGCCCUGAAACCCGACACACACGCGGGCCACUACGUCGAACGCGUCACCACCAACCCGUCCUACAGGCAACUCCGACGCACUAUUACCGACAGCAUGAUUGAAGGACCCUGCAAGCAAGUGGACCAGGAAGAGAACAUCAUCUACAGGACCUUCCAGUGCGACAACGGCGUGCUGCAUGACCAGAACUCCUACAACACCCGCGGCGCGUCUUUGACCGUGUCGUUGCCCGGCCUCGAGCCUAACCAUGCGUUGUAUCCUGCUGAUGUGCCCGCUUGCUGUCUCAUGUACGAUGUUGCCCCAAGCACAGUUUCUUAUGCGCUUAAUGAUUUCUGCACAAUGAGGCCUGAGUGUGCGCCCACCAUCAUGAGUAGGUUUCACAAAUUGAUGUAGAUUACUUGCCUAAUUUUGCAUUACAGUCUAGUGUAGACCUUGUGACAGGUUUAUAUUAGCGUUAUUUAAGCUCCCUUCAAUUCGUGAUACGAUGAUCAACUGUCGAAACGUGUAAAGAAGUAUCUCUUCAGAUCAUGAGCUGCUUUUCAGUUUUGGAUGUUUCGAAUGAAGGAAUAUUCAGUUAGAAAAACUCAUUUGAACCUACAUCUAUAUCGGAAAUUGUGAAUUAACUCAGAAGGAAGGUUAAACUACUAGUGUAAGUUAUGAAAUGGAUCGUUACUUUGACUUAUUUAUGCUCCCUUCCGUCUGCUGGUGCACAAAGGCAGCUAAUUGCGUCAGGAGUUAGAGAUUAGUAAGUACAAUCGUUUUUCAUGCCCUUCAAUACCCAGAUGAUCGUGGAAUAAGCAGUUUUCCUUGCAUGGUUGCGCGGUUUCCGCUACUAUAACUAUAUUCAUAAAUGAUAAUUUAUAUUUUGUUCUCUCUUGUGCGUUUUUAUGGUCACACGUACCGCUUUAUUUACUCCCUUAACCUAUCUGGUGUCCUGAAAUUUCUGUAUACAUGAAGCAGGUCUUCUGCUUUUUAUUAUCUCGUCUCAACGCGAGUUUAUCCUUAUUGUCUUCCUUUAAAUUUACGAACUUUUUUGAAGCAAAGAGGCAGCUGUAAAAUUUCCCUUCUCUGAUUCUUAUAGAUUCCUCAAAGUUUUUCGUCUAAUUAAUUCUCAAGUUUUUUUUUUCUUCUUUUCUUCUUAACCGCAACAUUGUUCCAAUAGAAGUUAUAGUCUGAUUUAUUACCGUGUUUCUGGGUGUUGAAAUAAUAAGUUAUGGCGAGCUCUCUAAGUUAUGUAUUCUGGCACCGCUCGCCAUGUUCCUAAUAAAUGGUGAUGAAAUUCUUAUGCUUCCACUCUAGAGUCUGACUGAAUGUGAAUGUAAUCUAUUUAUGUUAAAUAACUAAGCUUGACAUCAAGCUUUUCUUGUCUAGAUCUAACGUGCUGAUUGUUUAGACUUAGAAUAGGAUAAAAAUGUCUCUAGGUUUCAUUUGAUUUGAAGCUGAAUGUGAUUAAUACGUUUGAGUCAAGGCAACUUAGGCGUACAGGUUUUUAGAGAAAUUUUCAUGCAUAUUAUUGAGAAGAAUAAUCGCUUCUGGUGUACUUAUGCACCAGUCUGCGAGAUUAAUCUUCAUGUGCUGCCCUGGGUAUAAUAUUCAGAGGCUGAAAUGCAUCUUUUAACUCCUUUAUAAUUAUGCACAUUUCACUGUCAGAAAAAAAUAUCGGUUUAAGAUGGGGAAUAUUUCUGAACGACGAUAAUGAUUAACGGGCUGGGUAUGCUUAUUCGGAAUGGCUGUUGUAAUAUUUGUCAAGUACACAAUGUCGCUGUG